GUCAAAUGUCAGUGUCAACCACUCUAAACUAUAAAAAAAAGAAAGAAAAUAGUUAAUUUCAGCAAUACAUGAAAUAAAAAAACAAAUAUUAAUUAAUAAAAAAAAUAUUAAUUUAUUUAGCCGUUUAUUCAAAUGGAUCCCAACAAAAUUAAAAAUGCUUCGGAAGGUAUAGCUCCUAUGGGUAUAACAGCCCUUAAUGAAACUAUUCUCACCAAUCAGCCAGAGUCAAGGUAUGAAUGUCCUGUGUGUCUGAACUGGCUUAGAGAUCCUGUCAUCACAACAUGUGGUCACAAAUUCUGUAAAUCAUGCAUCACUUCCUGGUUACAAAAUAGUGGUCAUUGCCCAAUUGACAAUAUAAAUCUCAGUAUGAAAGUUGACAUAUUCCCUGACAAUUACACUAAAAGGGAAAUUCAAGAGCAAAGAAUGUCAUGUCCUUUUGCCACAAAAGGCUGUGCAGUGAAAGUGACUCCACUGGACUUGGACUCUCACAUAGCGAGUUGUGAGUUCAAUCAACCCGAAGCUUCGUCCCAACCUCAAGUACAGGUGCCAUGUACAUUCAGUGCUCUCGGCUGCAAGGAGACAUUCGAAACGCAGGAAGAAAUGAAUGGCCAUUUACAUAGUGAUGUACAGACUCACAUGAGUCUCCUAAUGAACGCCUAUUCCAAGUUACAAAUCGACAAUGACAUAUCGAAUGCCAGUAUGGAUGCCAAGGAGCAAGAAGCUAUGCUUCUAUGGGAACCGUCCAAAGAUGGCGCUGCGAGUACAUCGCCACCAGUGAACAAUACUAGCGCUCUUAUAAGGGCACUGUAUGAAAGGGUUGUGGUGCUGGAACAGAGGAAUCGUGAACUGGAUAUAGUCAUAGCCAACAUUUCAAAGCAAAUGUCAGCAUUUGCUGUAGCCAAAAUGAAGCAAAACAACGACUUAAUACUCCGUUACUGUAUGGGAAAUUAUAUUUGGAAGAUAGACAAUUUUAAAGCUAGGUUAGAUGCAAUGCAGAAGGAUCAUUUUAAAAUGUUGUACAGCCCUGGCUUCUAUACCUCGCCUAAUGGUUACAGAUUCUGUGUCCGGCUCAACAUAUCACCGCAGAACCCACAGUGUUUUGCUCUUCAUGUGCAUUUAAUGAAAACUGAAUACGAUGACUGUUUGGAAUGGCCUUUCAAUGGGAGGAUAUCCUUCGCUAUGAUCAAUCAAUACAACCCGGAGCUCACCCAGAGGGAUACAAUGAUGUCCAACUCGACUUUGAUAGCAUUCAGGAAGCCGUCCACGGAGAUAUGUGUCAGGGGUUUUGGUUACACCGAAUAUGCAGUGGUUAAUGAUGUUGCCAGGAACGGCUUCGUUAAGGACGACACGCUCAUUGUGAGAGUUCAUAUAAAAUGUGUAUGACAUGAGGAGUAAUUUUUUUGUUUGUUAUUUACAUUCCAAUUUAUAUUUUAAAGUUAUAUCGGUUAUUUAUGUUUGCUUAUUACGGAGCACAAUUUUCUGUGUUCCAACAUUUUAUAUUUAGUUAAUGAAAACAUUCUUUUACAUUUUUAAGCUCAAGUCUUAUUGUUUUUUUAUUUAUUUAUUAUUUACACUUUUUUAGAUGUAGUUAUUAAUAUUUGUGUAAUGUAAUUAAUGUAAUGAAUCCGUCCCAAAUAAGUUAUACUGAAGUAGUUUUGAAAUAUCAGAUAUUUUAUAUAAAAAAGUAAGAAUAAUUAGUGUUGUAAGUAAAAAAAAUAUUUAAGAUCUUUAUACGUUCCAAAUUUUAUAGUUGAUACAAUCUUUACACUGUUAUAAUAAAAAAAUAUGUAUA